GUCGAGCUGUCCUUUGAGUUUGGGUCCAGACCAGCAGCGAUGAGCAUGGAGAAGGCCACGGAUCAGCAGCCCGACAGACCGACAUGGAGCAGGCAGAUAGAGUUCACCCUGGCAGGGAUCGGCUGCGCUGUGGGUCUGGGGAACGUUUGGAGGUUCCCUUAUCUCUGCUACAGGAGUGGAGGAGGUGCCUUUCUGGUUCCCUACCUGCUCAUGCUGGUGGUGUUGGGGAUCCCUCUGCUCUACAUGGAGCUGACUGUGGGCCAGUACACCCGGAGAGGCCCGGUUCAUGCUCUGGCCACUGUUUGCCCACUCUUAAAAGGGGUGGGCAUAGCAUCUGUGGCCAUCUCCUUCAUCAUGUGCACCUACUACAACAUCGUCAUCACCUGGGCCCUGUAUUACCUCUUCAGCUCCUUCCAGGCGCCCCUUCCGUGGCAGAGCUGCAACAACACCUGGAACACGCCCAACUGCACGGACCACGCCACCAACAGCAGCCACUCGUCCACAGCCAGCCAGGAGUUCUUCAAGUAUAAAAUGCUGGGCCAGACUGGCGGAGUGGAGGAAACAGGAACCCUGCGGUGGGAGCUUUUCCUCAUCCUCAUCCUGGCUUGGAUUCUCAUAUAUCUGUGCAUCUUUAAAGGAGUGAAGUCAACAGGCAAGGUGGUGUACUUCACUGCUCUGUUCCCAUACGUCAUCCUCAUCGCCCUGCUGAUCAAUAACGUGCAGCUUCCGGGGGCUUCGGACGGGAUAGCUUUCUUCAUCGUGCCCGAAUGGGACAAGCUGCGGUCCGUGGAGGUGUGGGUGAACGCUGCGGCUCAGAUCUUCAACUCCAUCGGGAUUGGCUUUGGCUCGCUGCUGGCCAUGUCCAGCUACAACUCCUUCAACAACAACGUUCUGAAGGACACGCUGUUCAUAUCCAUCACCAACUCCCUAACCAGCAUCCUGGCGGGCUUCGUCAUUUUCUCUGCCUUUGGCUACAUGUCUUAUCUGCAGGGCAUUCCCGUCAGCCAGCUGGCGGUGGACGGUCCAGGACUGGUUUACGUCGUUUAUCCACAAGCCUUCGCCAACAUGCCGGUGUCCCAGCUCUGGGCUGUCCUGUUCUUCUUCAUGCUGCUGUGCCUGGGGCUGGACAGCGAGUUUGCGAUGGUUGAGGUGAUGGUGACCAGUUUUAUGGACGAAUUCCAACAACAGCUGAUCCGAAGUUUCAAAAGGAAGGAACUGUUUGUUCUUGCAGUCUGCGGUGUGGCCCUCCUGUUAGGAAUCCCGUGUGUGAUGCAGGUAGGAAUUUACGUCUUCCAGCUGAUGGACCACUACACCGCCAUCGUCUCCAUCAUGUUCCUUGCAUUUUUUGAGAUCAUAGCCAUUUGUUGGAGUUACGGUGUAAAGAGACUUUCAAGCAACAUGGAAGAGAUGACUGGGCGAAAGCCAAACAUCUUCUUCAGGCUGUGUUGGCUCGUAGUUGAUCCCGUGCUCAUCACCGUCAUUCUGAUUUUCUCCAUCAUCCAGUUCAAACCGGCUCGCUAUGGAGACUACGUCUUCCCCCCCUGGGCUCAGGGCGUUGGCUGGGUCAUUGCUCUGGCCUCCAUUAUCUGGAUUCCUCUGGGUGCAGUCCACACUUUGUGGGUGCUUCCUGGUUCGCUCAUGAAGAAACUGAAGCUAUCGAUCACACCCUACGCCCUGAAAUCCUCUGAAGGUCUUUAUAAGGAAUGGGGAGGAGGGGCAGGAGAACCGGACAUAUCCGUCAUCAGCUCCAGCACCAGCCUACCUGAGAAAAAGUCCGCCGAGACAUACUUCUGAGACAGACAUUUAGUGUUUUGCUCAAAACACUUUGAAAAACUCCAGCCAAUCAGAAACGAAUUGCCAAGUCCUUGAAUCUUACUCAGGAAGUUAAACAGAGGGAUUUUUAUUAAAAUGUAUAUUGUUUUGUUUUUUUUAUCUGCCUUGCAGAUGGGUGAAAAAUAACCGGUUAUUGUCAUUUCAGUUAUUCAAUUUGUGGGCUUCUCUUGCAUUUCACCGGCUUUAUUUAUUGGCGACUCGGAACGAGUGCGCCAUCUUUUGGUCGAACCUGUGCAACACACUGUGUCGGAUCAUUUUUAAAGCGUCGUUUCGGUGUUAGAAAACAGGAUGAUAUGACGGUUUAACAUUUUCCACUUUUUAAUGCCAACUCGAAUGGAUUUUGAGACCUAAAAAUAUAUUGCAUA